UCUUCACUGACCGCCAAUAAGAAUACAGAAACGAGCGUCACUUUCGCGGUUUCGAGUUUCGUCAUCAUUCUGUUUCUGACUGUUCUCUGCAUAGAAAGCGUUACUGACGUGUUCCCGCAUUUUUAAAGAAAUAAUAGAGAAAUGGCUCGUACAAAGCAAACUGCCCGUAAAUCUACAGGAGGAAAAGCUCCUCGUAAACAGUUGGCUACAAAAGCCGCAAGAAAAUCUGCUCCGUCCACUGGUGGAGUUAAGAAGCCCCAUCGUUACCGCCCUGGUACAGUGGCUCUUCGUGAAAUCCGUAGAUACCAGAAGUCUACCGAAUUGCUCAUCCGUAAACUGCCUUUCCAACGUUUGGUAAGAGAAAUCGCUCAAGAUUUCAAGACGGAUCUUCGUUUCCAGUCUGCAGCUAUUGGGGCUCUUCAGGAAGCUAGUGAAGCCUACCUCGUUGGUUUGUUUGAAGACACCAACUUGUGUGCUAUCCACGCCAAGCGGGUAACCAUUAUGCCCAAAGAUAUCCAGUUGGCCCGCCGAAUCCGUGGAGAACGAGCAUAAGUUAGUUUUAAGUUUCAUUGUACUAAAAUCAUAGUAGUGUUGUCAUGUUCAUAUAGUCAUAUAUUUUUUCUGUUUUCUUUCUAGAUUUUCGUUCAGAAUUCAUUAUGUUUAUAUUUUAACCGUUUAACAUAAAUAAUAAUAAAAAUGUGUUCAUAACAUUACAAGUUUUCAUCUUGACGUUUUUAUAGUGACAAAAUUCUUGUUUUUUUUUUGGUAAAUUUAGUGUAGUCUUAAGUUUAAACUAGACAAUUAUUAUUUAGAAAUAAGGUCUUUUGUCGUAAUUAUUUUUAAAUAUAUUCCAGACUACUAA